UCUUUAUUGUUGUUUUACCGAUCUAUGAUCAGUUUAACUAUUUCUUGCAACGUAAGAACACAAAAUGUUCGUUGAGAAUAAAGUGGUUUUAGUCACGGGAGGUGCUGCAGGGAUAGGAUUGUGUAUUGUUAAGGAAUUAUUAAAAAAUAAUGCUAAAGUUUGUAUUGCUGACAUAAGUAUUCAAUUUGGACCGCAAGUCUUAUUGUUAAAUGAUUUAGAAAAAGAAUAUGGAAGUGGAAGAUGUAUUUUUUGUAAAGUGGAUGUUAGUGAUAAAAAUGAAUUUGAAGCUGCAAUGAAGAAGACCGUCGAAGAAUUUGGUAAUUUCGAUAUUUUAAUAAACAACGCUGGAAUUCUUGAUGACUCCAUAUGGGAACGAGAAAUUGAAAUCAAUUUGAAAGGUGCUAUAAAUGGUUGCAUUUUGGCAAUGGAACACUACCUUCCCAAAUAUAGAAGUACCCAAAAAGCUGUAAUAGUUAAUUUGGCAUCAAAUUUGGGAAUAGAAAAACCUGGUGCACUUCCAGUUUAUAGCGCGACAAAAUCCGCUCUUAUUGCAUUUAGCAAAUCUAUAUCUUCCGAUGUUAAUUAUAAUAGUCAAAAAGUCGAUGUAAUUACUUUAUGUCCCGGACCAACGGAAACUAUGCUAUUAGCAAAUUUUACCCGAAAAGGUUUAAAUGAAAGAUUUAAUAAUUUGUUGGUUCGUUUUUUGAAUGAAAGGGUGACUACGUUACCACAAAAACCUGAAUGUGUUGCUAAGAAUCUUAUGGAAAUCUUAAACGAUUGUAAAAAUGGGGAGUUUUGGGAAAUCGAAGAUGGGAUGCGAAAAGAAGUGAUUAUAAGAAAUCAACCUGAAUAUAAGUGAAAUUAAACAUCUAUUUUGGUGAUUUAAUCACAAAUUAUAAAUCAUUAUAAACUUAA